AUGACGUCGAAAAUCGAUCACAUCAACACCGAUGUUCUCAUUAUCGGUGGCGGAAUGUCCGGGUUGUCUGCCGCGAUCGCUGUGAGCAGCUCGUCAAAGGUACGAUGUGUUGUUGUCGAGAAGAGCGAUACUCUCGGCGGUUCCUCAAAACUCUCUGCUGGCAUGUUUUGGGCACCUAAAAAUCCCGAGAUAGCCUUGUCCACCAUUCCCCAUGCCGAGCCUCAACUGCUCACCAAAUUCCUCUCCGACUACCCCAAUGCGGUACAAUGGAUGAGAGAAAAUGGCAUCAAAACACAUGAUCAGUUUAACGGGAUCAUGACCAUUGGAAUUGGCUUCCCUAUUGACAUCCCACAAUGGCUCGCUCGAGCCGAGUCAAUCAUCACGUCGAGCCCGUCAACGCAAAUAAUGACCAAGACAUCCGCAGUCCGCCUCAUCCAAGAGUCACCUGAUGUCCCAGGAUCUCGAAUCGCCGGGGCUAUUCUCCGAAGGGACGACGGGUCGUUGGUUCAUUGUUCCGCUCGUGCUGUCCUGAUUGCCACUGGCGGCUUUCAAGGAAGCCCCAAACUCGUCUCAGAGCACAUUGGACUUGGCGCUGACAACAUCUUUGUCCGAUCAAACCCGUACUCGACUGGCGAUGGCUUCAAACUCGGAAGCCAAGUCGGUGCAGGGACCAGUCGAGGCCUGUCUACUUUCUACGGCCACCUAUUGCCGUCUCCUCUGCAGCGCCGCGACGUGGACCCGUCUCACUUCAUCCACUUGGCCCAGUUUCAGUCUGGCUACUCUGUUCUGGUGAACCGCGAUGGACGAAGAUUUUGCGACGAGACAUUUGGUGACGAAGUCAACAACCAGGAGCUUGCCCGUCAACCUGGACGUAUCGGCUAUAUGAUCCUCAACGACGAUGUCAGGAAACGCUGGGCACUCGGCGAGGUAUUCCCAAACGCGGGCAAGAUUGAUAGACUCGAGAAGGCCAAGUCGUUCGGCGGGAGAGUGACGAGUGCAAACUCGAUAGAGACACUGCUUGAGCGCGUCGCGCAAUGGGGUGUUCCGGAAGUUGCACUACGAAAGACGGUUGCAGAGUACAAUCAGACCGUGAAGAAUGAGACUGUCCAAGUCAUAGAUGCCCCCAUUGGUCUCAACCAUGCUCCUCACCCAGCGUUUGAGGGAACAUCGGGAGGACCGUUCUGGGCCUUGGAAGUUCAGCCUUCAAUCACGUUCACGUAUGGGGGUCUGAAGAUCGACACGUCCGCUCAUGUUUUGGAUGCAGAUGGAAAGACGGUUGACGGUCUCUACAGCUGUGGCAUGGAUGCUGGCGGAUUCUCAAAUUGGCGGUACGGCGGUGGACUGGCGCAGGCUUUUGUCACCGGACAAUGGGCUGGACAAGCAGCACUGGCAGACUGGGGUGAGUCUACAAAGCCUGCCCAGGCAAAAUUGUAA